AAUCAAAAUCAAAAUCGUUACUGUUCCUCUCAUCUCCUCUUCUCCUCUUCUUUCCAUCCUCUCAAAUUCAAAGUUCAAAAUUUGAUAGAGAGGAGCAGAGCUCGGAAGCACUCCCCUGCCUGAGAGAGACUUCCGGUGCGCUGAAUGUCAGUCUGUUCGUCGCCUUCACUUCGCGCCCUCAUCUUGCCCAAACCCUUCACUCCUUUCCUCGCUCCAGGCGCUUAUUCAAUGUGGUAGAAAGAAUUGGAUCGCAGAGAUGAACCUAGACUCACUGUUCAGUAGAUUCUUCCACAGAAGACCCCCUGAUGGGCUGCUUGAGUUUGUCGAAAGAGUUUAUGUUUUCGAUUCCUGUUUUUCUACUGAAGUGUUGCCCAAUGACAUGUACGAGAUUUACCUGCACGAGAUCAUAACAGAAUUACACGAAGAAUUCCCAGACUCCGCAUUUCUUGCAUUCAAUUUCCGGGAGGGAGAGAAGCGGAGUCAGUUGGCGGAAAUUCUGUGCCAGUAUGAUGUUACUGUCGUGGACUAUCCUCGUCAGUAUGAGGGCUGUCCCCUGCUCCCUCUCUCUUUGGUUCAGCAUUUUCUUCGAGUCUGCGAGAGCUGGCUCUCUCUUGGGAACCACCAGAAUGUCGUCCUCCUGCACUGCGAGAGAGGAGGGUGGCCCCUCCUGUCAUUUCUGCUCGCGGGUUUCUUGAUUUUUAGGAAAUUCCACGGAGAGAAGAAGACUCUCGAGAUUGUCCAUCGAGAGGCUCCCAAGGGGUUUCUGCAACUCUUAUCGCCCCUCAAUCCGUUGCCUUCUCAACUCCGUUACCUUCAGUACAUAGCCAAGAGGAAUAUGGGUCCUCAAUGGCCACCUCCAGAGCGGGCCUUGUCUUUGGAUUGUCUGAUUUUGCGGUCCAUUCCAAGCUUUGAUUCCCAUAAUGGUUGCCGGCCGGUCAUUCGUAUUUUUGGAAGGAAUCUUCUGAGCAGAGGUGGGCUUUCAACGCAGAUGCUCUACUCUAUGUCCAAGGCAAAGAAAGUCCUACGGCAUUAUUGCCAGGCAGAUUGCGAUGUGAUUAAGAUUGACAUCCAAUGUUUAGUCCAAGGAGAUGUCGUGUUGGAGUGUGUCCAUUUGGAUGCAGAUUCAGAAAGGGAAGUUAUGAUGUUCCGGGUUAUGUUCAGCACUGCUUUCAUCCGAUCAAACAUAUUGAUGCUGAAUUCCGAUAACUUGGAUAUUCUUUGGGACUCAAAGGAGCGGUAUCCUAAAGGAUUUCGUGCAGAGGUUCUGUUUGGGGAUGUUGAGAGUAUCUCUCCACAGAGAGCCCCCAUUACCAUAUUAAAUGGCGAGGAGAAAGGUGGAUUACCAAUUGAAGCUUUCUCUAGGGUUCAGGAACUCUUUAGUGGCGUUGAGUGGGUUGAUAAUGGUGAUGAUGCUGCCCUUUGGUUGCUUAAACAGCUUUCAGUCCUAAAUGAUGUGAAAGAACUGUCAAGGUUGCAAAAGAAGGUGAGCCUAUACACAUCUCCUAUCGAUUCAGAGGAAGAAACCAAUGCAUCCAGUGCGGCAGAUAGUUCUGACGAAGCAUCUGAGUUUCCCAAUAAUCCAAUGGAUCCAACAAAGCCUGACAAGCCUACAACUUUUGAGGGUGAAGAUUCACUUGAUGCCAAAUCGACCAUGGAACUUCUUGAUCGAGGAUCAGAGAAAAUGGGUGGGCCAUAUGCUGAUCAAGAACCCUCCCUUGAUGAGCUUCCAGUUACUGAUUCAUUCAAUUUAGAAUCACUUGCACCAACUACAGUCUACAAACAACCAUCGCCUCCCCCGCCUCCUCCUCCAUUGCCUUCAAAUUCUGUCUCCACCCAGACCCACCUGCCUCCACCACCUCCUCCACCACCCCCUCCACCUCCUAUGACUACUGCUAUAAAAGCACCGGCACGGGCACCACCACCACCUCCCUAUAUUUCCAGUAGUUCUUAUGAGCAACCUUCUGUUAAUGACAGGACACCUCCUGAAGUUUCUUCUUCAGCUCCCUCACCUUCCUCUUCUUCCUUGUUUCAACAACCCUCCCAAACUCCCCCUCCACCACCCCCACCCCCACCCCCACCCCCACCCCCACCCCCACCUUCUUUCAUGUCUGGUAAAGUUCCUGAACCACAGUCAAUAUCUCCCCCUCUUUCGUCUGCAUCACUUAAAUCAUCCCCAACGUUGUCGCGUCCAGCGCCACCCCCACCCCCACCACCUCCUCCACCAUCUUCAAGUAUUUCUUUGCAAAGACCUCCACCUCCACCUCCACCUCCUCCAUUACCUCCCCCAAAACCAGCUUCUUUGAAACCACCUCCGCCUCCGCCACCCAUGCCUGCUGCUUCUUUGAGAGGCCCUAAACCACCGCCACCGCCACCUCCACCUCCACCUCCACCUCCACCUCCACCUCCACCUCCACCUCCAACCUCCACUUCCUUAACUGCUUGCCGUCCACUUUCAGGUUCACCUAUGCGACCUGCACCACCUCCGCCACCACCGCCGCCGCCCCUUAGUUCCAAACUGCAAGGACCACCUCCACCUCCACCUCCUCCACCGCCACCUCCAUCGACAUCCAAUUCCAGUUCAUCUGCUAGUAAUGGUACUACUCGUGGGCCACCUCCCCUGCCUCCACCUCUCCCCCCUUCCCUUGUCCCUUCUCAUGCCAGUGUGCCAAAAGCACCACGUCCUCCACCCCCAUCAGGACCUGGCCGGCCAGGUCCACCUCCGCCACCCGCUCCACCAAAACUUCCUGGUGCUCCCCCUCCACCACCAGGAUCCAAAGGGCCAAGUGCACCACCUCCUCCCCCUCCAUCUGUAGGCAAGGGAAGACCUGGUUUGAUAAGCCACAGUAAAAGUCGAGCUAGUGUUGUUGGGACUGCAAUGGCACCUAAGAAAGCCUCUCUAAAACCAUUGCACUGGGUAAAAGUGACACGCGCAAUGCAGGGAAGUCUAUGGGCGGACUCUCAAAAGCAAGACAAUCAGUCCAGGGCACCAGAGAUUGAUAUAUCAGAGCUGGAAAGUCUGUUUUCAGCAGCCACUUCAGAUGGCAGCGGGAUCAAUAAAGGUGGAGGUCGACGUUCUAACAUCAACAAACCUGAGAAAGUACAAUUGGUUGACUUGCGUAGAGCCUAUAAUUGUGAAAUAAUGCUCUCAAAGAUAAAAAUUCCUUUGCCUGAUAUGCUUAAUGCGGUUCUGGCUUUGGAUUCUUCGGCUUUGGACAUUGAUCAGGUCGAGAACCUCAUCAAGUUCUGCCCCACAAAAGAAGAAAUGGAGACUCUAAAGAAUUACACGGGGGACAAGGAAUCACUUGGGAAGUGUGAGCAGUUUUUCAUGGAGCUAAUGAAGGUUCCACGGGUGGAAUCUAAAUUACGCGUGUUUGCUUUCAGGAUCACUUUUUCCUCACAGGUGAAUGACUUGAGGCAUAACCUCAGUACUAUAAAUGAUGCAACUAGAGAGGUAAAGGAAUCAGCAAAAUUGCGUCAGAUAAUGCAGACAAUUCUCACCUUGGGCAAUGCUCUAAAUCAGGGCACUGCACGAGGUUCGGCAAUUGGAUUUAAAUUAGACAGCCUUCUAAAAUUGUCUGAUACUCGGGCGAGAAAUAGCAAGAUGACUCUGAUGCAUUACCUGUGCAAGCUUCUUGCCGAAAAAAUGCCGGAGUUGCUGGACUUUGACAAGGAUCUGGCUCACUUGGAUGCUGCUUCUAAGAUUCAACUGAAAUCUUUGGCCGAAGAAAUGCAAGCUGUGAGUAAGGGUCUCGAGAAGGUUGAGCAAGAGCUUAUGGCUUCGGAAAGAGAUGGUGACAUCUCUGCAGGCUUCCAGAAGGCACUGAAAGGUUUCCUCGAUACUGCUGAAGCUGAAGUGAGGUCACUCAUAUCUUUGUACUCGGAAGUGGGAAGAAAUGCAGAUUCAUUGUGUCAGUACUUCGGAGAGGAUCCAGCUCGGUGUCCCUUCGAGCAAGUGACACAAAUCUUGGUCGUGUUCGUUAAGAUGUUCAAUAAGUCCCGCGAGGAGAAUGAGAGACAGGUGGAAGCUGAGAAGAAGAAACUUGAAAAGGAAGCCAUGAAGGAGAAGGCAGCUGCUAAUUCACCAGCAGUGAGACGUUGAGAUCAGAAUGAAAGGACUAUUACUAUGAGACAUUCCUAAGACUCGAGGGCCGAGACAAUGCGAUUCCCAGGAGACUGCCAUAGUUAAGAGACACUGCAGUUCUUUUUCACCAAGGUGAAGAUUUAGCAGCAACUAUCGGCUCUAGGUUCUAAUAAGCUGAGUCCAACACCUGGAAAUUGCAAUUUUCAAAUUCCGUCCAGGAACAUGUUCUUGGCCUCCCAAAGUUCGAUUGUUGCCACAUUCGUAGUGUAAGUUUAGCCAUCUAACCCACACUAACCCCUAUUCUCAAGAAUACGAAACUACUAAUUCUUUUACUACUAUGUAGAGAAAAGAGUUAUCAUAGUAAUGGGAGUAGCUUCAUUUAGUGUUGUAGAUCCGAAACUGCUGACUUUUUUACUAAUAUGUAGAGAAAAGAGAUAUAAUAAUAAUAAUGGAAGCAGCUUCAUUUUACAGUGUUGUA